AUGGCGAAUAACAAAUCAUUUAAACCUGAGCGGACCCUGAUUGGUGGUUCUCUUGAUAUACCCCGCAUGGUAUCGGGAUUAUGGCAGCUAGCUGGAGGACAUGAUCAAAAUGUAGAUGUGGAAGCAGCGGCCAAAGCGAUGGAACCAUUAAUUGAAGCAGGAUUGGACUGUUUUGACAUGGCUGAUCAUUAUGGCGACGCAGAACUGGUUAUGGGUCAGCACAAUUUGACAUCGACGAAGAAAAUGAUAGCUUUCACAAAAUGGUGUCCACCAGAAAACGGAGUUACCAGCUUCGAAAAUGCGGAAAAGGCUGUGGAUCUUGCAUUGGAGAGGAUGAAGCAAGAAAAAAUUGAAUUGAUGCAAUAUCAUGCGUGGGACUAUACGGAUGAUAGUUACAUUCGAAAUCUUGAGCACUUGCGAACUUUACAAAAACAAGGAAAAAUUGGAAUGAUUGGAAUGACAAACACAGAUGCGGCACAUCUCGAACUUUUGAUCAAUACGGGAUUCAAAAUUGCAACCAAUCAGGUAUCGUGCUCCGUUAUUGAUCGACGUCAUGUUCGCGGUCGACUUGCAUCAGUGUGUACUGAAUAUGAUGUUGGUAUCUUGGCAUAUGGAACACUUCUCGGGGGGUAUCUUAGUGAAAAGUGGCUUGGGGUUGAAGAACCAAAGGAUGAAACAGAAUUGAACUGGAGUCUGAGAAAAUAUCUGCGAUUUAUUAAUGAGGCUGGAGGAUGGUCAUCAUAUCAAGUUGUGCUUCAAGCACUUUCCACGGUUGCCAAAAAACACGGAGUUGGUAUUUCUGCCGUUGCAACACGACACGUUUUGGACCUACCUGCUGUAAGUGCUGUGAUUGUCGGAUCUAGGCUAUCAAGUACUUCAGACAAGUAUACAGUGAGCAAUCUUGAGGCUUUUAGUUUUGCAUUAGAUGCAGAAGACAGGGCUUUGAUAGCAAAAGCACAGGAGGGCCUUUUGGAUAUACCAGGAGACUGCGGUGAUGAAUAUCGACGACCACCAUUUCUCACAGCCAAAGGUGAUCUUAGCGAUCACCUUGAAGAGACAGAUCAUGAUUUGAAGAUCUCCAAAGCUAUCGCUGGUGGAGCUCGCGUCGAAUAUUCUUCAGGCAGCCACUGGGAGCCCAUUGCAAGUUAUUGUCGAGCGGUCAGAACAGGCAACACCAUUCGCGUAUCAGGGACCACAGCAAAUUCUCCAGUCUCAAGCAUUCCAGCGCUAGGUGGAAAAAGCGCGCGUAGCCAGACCGUGGCAAUCCUAGAUAUCGUUGCGCGUGCCAUAAAAGCUCUGGGGGGAGACUUGUCCGAUGUUGUGCGAACCAGCAUAUUCUUACAAAAGGAGGAGGACGUCGAAGCGGUCAGUCUUGCACAUGGCUGGGCUUUCAAGUGCGUGGGAAUUAGACCGUCAAAUACAUUGGUGGUAUCAGGGGUAAUUGGGGACGAAUUUCUCGUCGAGAUUGAAGUGGAAGCUGAACUGGGUUAUCGUGAAGUUGUAAGGAUAUAG